AUGGGUCCAUCAGCUGUUGUAUUAAUAUAUAAUUAUACUAAAUUAGCAACUCAAAAGAUUGAUUGUCGUCCUAAGUUACGUCUUCGUGGACAUACAAACGAAGGUUAUGCUCUUUCAUGGAAUCCUAAUAUUAAUAGACAUAUAUUAUCUGCAUCCGAUGAUCAAACAAUUUAUUUUGCUUGGCAUUUAUUUCAUAAAACACUUUUUGGUUCCAUUGGUGAUGAUCGUAAAUUAACGAUUUGGGAUGCACGUUCAUCCCAUUAUACAAAAUCAUCUCAUGUUGCUGAUGCACAUAGUGCAGAAGUUGAUUGCUUAUCAUUUAAUUCAUUUUCAGAAUAUAUUCGUGCAACUGGCUUAGCUGAUAAAACAGUUGCACUUUGGGAUCUUCGAAACCUCAUGUUAAAAUUACAUAUAUUUGAAUCACAUAAAAAUGAAAUAUUUCAAGUACAAUCGUCACCUCAUAAUGAAACAAUUGCUUCAAGUAGUACUGGUAGACGAUUACGUGUUUGGAAUUUAAGUAAAAUUGGUGAAGAACAAACAAAUGAUAAUGCUGAAGAUGGUCCAUCGGAAUUGUUGUUCAUUCAUGAUUGGCAAAGGGGAAAAAUUUCAGAUUUUUCACGAAAUCCAACUGAACCAUGGAUUACUUCUUCAGUACCAGAACAUACUAUUGUGCAAGAUGGUGGUACAGAAUUUCUCAUUAGUAAAAUAUAUCCUCAAAUUGAUUUCUUCUCAGUUAAUUUGAAUUCUUUGCAAUAA